GAAAAGUCUGUUUGAGGUAACAAACAUGACUGGGGCGAAGCACUUCCUCAACGCUACGCUUCCUGACGUGGAUAGGAUGCAAGCGAAAGACGAGGUGCUUAGUCAUGCGGGGUAUACCGUUGUGAGGCAUGCCUUAGAGUGCGAGCAGCUCCAGAAGGAGAAGGACGGGCUGCAGAAGGAGAAGGGGGAAUGGGAGAAGCAGAAGGGGGAGGUGCAGAGGAGGCUGGAUGAAGUUCUCCCUUCAGUGGUCGAGCUCCAGAACGAAAAUGGUGUCCUGACCACGAAGCUUGCCCUCGAAGAACGAAAGAGGAAGAUCUGUGAGGAGAGGCUCGAGGCUCAGGACAAGUACAUGGACAAGAUGAGGGAAGCAGCCUCGGAGCUGAAGAAGAACGUCAACCUGCUGGUGCACAACGGGAUGGAGGAGCACAUUGGCAACUUCCUCAACUCCAGCACCUUCGAGGAUAUCCUCAAGCUGUACCGGCUGCCCACCGCCAUCCUGGCCUUUACCGACUGCAGGAAGAAGGUGAAGGCCCAGUACCCAGAGGUGGACGUGACAACGGUCACCUUUGGGGAACAGGAGGAAGGAGUGGAGGAAGAUGGCGAGAGUCUCUGUGCGGACUUCCGUCCUCAGAUUACUCUGAGGUGGGAGCGUGAUGCAGAGGGGCGCACCAUUUUUCCUCCAACCUUCGAUGCUGAGUUGGUGGCUGUGGAGGGAGAAGAAGAAGAAGGAGAAGAAGCGCAAGAUGCUGGGGUUGAGGCGGUGACGGCCGAAGUGCAGCCUCCGGAAGUGCAGCCAGUCUCCUCUGACGAGGUGCAGCUGGUGCCCCCUCCUGAAGCAGAAGUGCCAGUCCUGCCUGCUGUAAACGAGCCACUUCUACCGCCUCUUCCUGUUAAGGAGCAGCCUCCUCCUCCAACAGAGUAGCUUAGGUUUUUGCUAGUUGUAUUUGUAAAUAACAUUUGUUGAGAUUUUAUAAAAUUUUUAAAGUUUU